UUCUUCAUGGGAACUCCAUGUUAAGAAUAAAGUGAAUUUUUAUUUGUGCCAUCCUAAUUCCAACGUAUAAUUUAAAAUAAAAUGAAAAACAACGAGUUUUUUUCGAUUUGUAAUCACUUUCGAAACCCGAUGACACCACUUUCGAACAGAGCGGAUAGGAACGGCUGUUCCGACUAGCAGGGAACGUCAAAGUACUGUUGAAUGAUCAAAAUGGUAAACAAAAGCAGUCCGAUUUUGACAACGAACAGUUUGGCGGUGUUCUGUACCAAGCAAUAUUUAAGAACUUUUCUACCAUGGACGAGGAAACAAAUAGCCUUCAUUUUAGUCCAAACGUACCAGAAAACGAGAAUAUCGACGAUAACGACGUACAGUUUGUCGAACCAAAUGUGUCGGUAAUUUGUAUUGACGAUACUGUUGAAAUGACGAGUUCUCAAACAAAUGAUGCCGUACCGCUCGUCAAGAUUCAGUUCAAAACACAGCAGAUUUAUCAAAAGCUACAAAAAGCAAUUUCAAACGCUUUACAAGCAGUGUUUCAAGAGCACCUGCCGAACCAACCGGUUAAGAUAGAACCGGGCAAAGAUGGCUACUCGAUGGAAAUUAACGAAACGGAUGUACCGACGGAUGUGGAUGCUCUCGAUUCCCUUUUCGUCAUUGACUCUACACCGAUGAAGAAUAAAAAGAACGAUGGUCCGAUACCGAGUUACAGAAAAUCAUUAAACAAGGUGUUUGAUGGACAGACACCGCCAUCAGCUUCCAACUCCCUAUCGAGACGGCCGAAAGCGAAGCAAACCUGCUGGAACUGUGCUGGGGAUCAUGCAUUGAAAGAUUGUAAGGAACCACGGGACUACAUGCGCAUUCGACAAAAGAAGGAAGAAUUUCAGAAAAAGUCCGAUCGUUACCAUGUGGACCAGGAACAGAGGUUCGGCCACUAUGUGCCCGGCAGCUUAAGCUUGGAUCUGCGUAACGCUCUCGGUCUCGGGCCCCGGGAUCUUCCGCUACACGUUUACAAAAUGCGCGUAUUUGGUUAUCCACCGGGAUGGCUUGAGGAUGCGAAGAUUACACAUUCCGGCUUGCAGCUAUUCGGUUCGAACGGUGACGUCAUACAGCAUUCGGAUGACAGCGAUGGCGAGGUGGACAACGUGCGUAUGAAGUAUGAUGUACGGAAAAUAAUUCCAUAUCCUGGAUUUAAUCAGUCUCCCCCACCGGAGAUGUUUGACGAUUCCAAGUUUUUCAAUGUGCCACCUUAUACGGAGGAAUUGGGACUCGAUAGUAUGAUUCGUCGGCUGGAAGGUACGCUGGUGGGAGGCUACCGUAGAAAGAAAAUGAAGAUGUCGGUCGAACCGGCUGCAGAAGGUAAUGUUGAUUCAACAGCAAACAUGGAACUAAUCGACAUGGAUGCGAUGGAGGGUAGUCCAGAGAUAAUGGCAAACUACCCCAGAAAUGAGCCCCCGAAAGAGGAAGAGCUAGAAGAUGGAGAGCUUUCGUCUGAUGAUGAUACAAAUCAGAAAGUUGAUGAGAGUGUCAUUUUGAUUGAGAACCCCGUCGAGGUGAUCACAUUGGAUGAUACAGUAUCGGUCAUACCGGAAGCCACUCCUCCAUCGCCUUCUUUGGCCGAUUUGCAGCACAAACAAAAUCAACUCGUGGAACAGUUGGCUAAUAAUUCCACUUUGACCGAUGAAUGUUCCUUUAUGAACGACAUACUGCUUGCGGAGAGGUUAGCAGCGGAAGCAGAUACCUCGGCAGUUAGUUUACCCGGCACGAUGGAUCCACCAAGUCUACCUGGUAUACUUCCAUCGCCGGUGGAACCGUUGAGACCACCGACUCCACCAAGGCCACCAUCGGAACCAAACGGCAGCAUGCCCGCAUGUGGUUCAUCGGAACGUCCGCCCGAACCGGAUACAUUUGAUCUUGGCGAAAUAGCGAUGAACAAAGUACCGUACAUUGACGAACCAGGUGACGUGGGUUUGAAGCGAAUGUCACUUGGAACACCGAUUCUGAGCGCGUUUACGCCGUACACUACGCUACCGAGCGGGGAAGCCUUUUCGAAAGGUGUUAGCGAUGUAAUACAUUUCGAGAAUUUGCCCAACUCUACGGGCAAAUACCUGCAGAUGAAGUGCCUUCUGUCGAAUGUUCGACUAAAGAUGCACGAUCAUUUGCGUGAGACAGAGGAUGGAAGUUAGGACGUAAGGACAGAGAACAAACAGCACGUAAGUUCAGACGCCUUGUUUGUAAAGAAGCAUUCAUUCUGUACAGAUUAUAAGCGCAUAGUAUUUAAGGAUGGUAGGAUGAAGAGCCAGAAACAGCUACUGGGUUCAUAUACGUACCCUCUUCGAGUAUUGUUUUAUUGUAGACGAACUCGUUUUUCAUUCGACAGGAAUUUUCGACCAGAAAAAUGAGAUCUACACAAAAAAAAACAAUCCUUAUUGACGAUACAAUCCUUAUUGCACUCUUACAAAGCAUUGAAAAAAAGGUUCUUUGCUUUUGCGCAUAACAAAUAUUUUGAUAAGUAAUUGAUCAAUAUUAAAUCGUUUUUAAAGAUAAUAUUUAAAUAUUUAAUGAUAAUAAUCACUGGCCAAAUGGUAAACUAUAUCCUGUUAUAUCCUGUUAAAGAUCACACGCAAAAGAUUGCCCGAUGAAUCGAGAAGAAAAUAUCUGGUGAAUCAAACAUUAGUUGCUCGAUUGAAUCUUUGAAUCUUGUUGAAUCUUGGGUGCUGCAUGAACUUUGCGAUAGAUUAGGCAAAAAGAUUUACUAAAAUUAAAACUUCGUGUAAAGUUUGUAUUGUAAUGAUGCAAAUUGAGCAGGAUGAUCUUAUACCAGAUGGCAUGUUUUAACAUUAGGCUACAAAUCAGUAGUCUAUACGAUUCAGGAUCCCUUAUCAAAAUAUUCGUUAUGUGCAAAUGCUGAAACAUUAACCAACACUUUUAUGAACGUGCAUAAGGUUCGUCAGCGAAGAAUCGAAUCGUAAAGAAACAUUUAAUAAGUUCCAGAUACGAUGUUUCUUUUACAUGAGAUAGAAUGGUUUUUACCCUACUCGAGAAUAAUUUAAUGUUUAUGUGUCGAUCGUUUAAGACAUCAUUUGCAAGAUGAAUUAUUUCUUGGGUGUCAGAAUAUGUAAACAAUAGCUACGUUAAAGCUAAUAAUGAACGACUAAUAUGGUAAAUAUAAAAAAAAUGCUUACAAUUUUCAAUAUUCCAGGAGUUUUGUUAUACCUCGACAAACAUUCUCUUGUUAGGGUUUAUGAUAUCUUUUAUGCAUGUUUGUGUGGAAAUACUUUCUUCUAUUUUGGUGGUCGUUUGGUGCAAUUCGGGUUUCCUUAUCAGCCUACGAAUUUUUUUUACUAUCGCUGAGAAUCCCUCAGAUGGCAAUUACUAAGUCUACCGAAUUGUCAGCAUUCGUCGAGUGUGUGGGAUUCAUUGAUCGCAACACAUUUCAUCGUAAUCGGAUUACAGUCAAUGGGACCUCACUGAAAUACACGAACCAAGGACGGGCGUCUUCUAUUGCUUGAUGUGCUUUUUAACUAUCGUUGCAUCUAGACGAUCAACAUGGUUGCGUCAUUUGCCUCAUUUUUUGGUUGAUUUACAACUUAUCUCGACGCUACAUUAUCGUGUUUACUAGAACUAUAGAUAUUUUACGUACACUGUGUUUUUCGGACAAAUUUAGCAGUUCUUUUCCACGUUGGAGAUGCCUUUCUCUUCGAAAUAUCGUUAAAGAAAUCUAUGUUCAGAGAAUCCUUAUUUUUCUCUGUUUUUCAUCAAAAUCUUAUAAUGUCUUAGACAUUUUAUUUCUGGAUAGUUAAUUCUGCGUAAAGGUAGUUAUUUUCGAUGAGAAAAAUCGGGGCAUUUGAAUAUGAAAAAAAUUUGCAUUUUAUGAACCUGGACUAUUCAUGCUAGAAUAUUAGAAAUUUAAAUUUAGGCAACUACCAUCGCUUUUAUUCUGAACGACGUUGGCUGGUAACGGCAGACUGGUAUUCGAUAUAGUUACUUCUAAGUUUGGAACUCGUCGUUUCGUUUCGUUAAUGGCCUGGUAAUGAGAACUUUUUAGAAACACACACAUAGCUGCCGGUUUUAAUGAUUCAGUGAAGUUCUUGUUAAAACACAAUACGGGCGUAGUCUUUAUGGGGAUAUAACGAACUGUACUAUGUACUGCAAUGAGAAAGGUGUUAAACUUCUUUACUUUACUUUUUAUUAUCGGGAUUGUACUUGGUGUUCAUACAGACUAUUCAGGAUAUUCAUAAUACGUAGCGAUGUGUUACAGAUUAUCAUCAGAAACUUGAUGGUUUUUUGGUGCAAUUUGAUUUUUAAUUAUUAUUUUAUUCUCCUUACAAGUGUUAUUUAUUUAACAAAACUUAAUUUUGCGAUCGUUCAAUACCACUUUGUGCACUUUUGUUAUCAUUCUCGGAACAAUGGUCGAUUUUUGUUUGACCAGAGCGUGCGUCAUCAUUGGUCUUCAUGUAUGUACAACCGUAAUUGCCGUCAGCAUACCAGCUAGAAGAAGAAUUGAUUGUACUGUUGCCGAUUCCAAUAAAUCAUGCAACUUUUUGGCUUCGAACGAAUUUUUACCAUCAAAAAGCGAAGUUUGUUUUAACUUGAAAGUUUAGUUUAUUACGUGCAAAUGACAUAAUCGAUACUAAACUCUGUCUGUACUCUGUCCGAAAAGUGCAAGAGAUUGUAAAGAUAAUGUGUCAAAUCGGGGAAUUAAUCCGUGUGUUACAUUUUUAAAAUUGUAUUGUAUUGUCUAAUUCUGAUCAUUAUACAGGAUACAUGAUAUCAGACAUUAGUUGAAGAUUUUGAUGGCUAAAUUGAAUCUUUUGAAAUUAAUCUGCAAGCCAUCUGAUCGUGUUGAUCUUCAAAGAACACAUUACACAUGCAUUGGUUGCCGAAUAUGAUAUCUACUAGUAAUCUUUCGUUUAAACAUAAAAUGAAACAGCACAUAAGUACUCACAGAUAGACGGACGCAGAACGUUUAUGUUUUUCACAUAUAUCUUACAUAGUGCGUCGAUCAUUAACCUCUAGCAAAGGCUGUACCCGGAAGGCACGAGUAGGAACUUAUAAGUUGAUGACAAAGAGUAGCGCAGGAGACUCAACAAAGCUCCGCCACUAAUGAUCGUCUUUCGUUUAGUCUACCUUUCCUGAAGAGGCCAGAGUCCAAGCAGUAAACACCUGAUCGGAUAGUCAGGUCGGCGAUCCUUGAAGGCCAGAACGAAGCGAAAAAAUUAGCGCUAGAUGGACUCUAACAAUGCGAGUGACCGAGUGGUGUUGAUGUACUCGCGCACUGAUCGUACAAGUGAACGUACAGCGUCUAAGCGCGACAGUGACUGGGGACGACGUAGUCGAGCUGAUCCUUGAAUAAUCUAGAGUCAUGCAGUAGUAGAAGUAGAAAAUAUAUAACGCUUCAUUAAUUCAUGAUCUGGGACAAAAACCCGAAGAAUUUGUAACUAAAUAAUUAAAUACCGAGGUCAGUUAUGUUCUCUUCCGUUAUACCAAAUGUUGAUGACAGUAAAGGGGGUGAAUAUUUUCAAAGUUCAUAAUUUAGUUACAUGCGCUUCAAACGACCUCCUAAGGGAAGUUCAACUAUUCCCAAAAACAGUACAUCUCAUUUAGCAGCUCUGAAUGAAGGUUUGAAGGCUUAAAAGAGGCAAAUAGAUACAACGUUCAUAGAAGACGACAACCGCAGGUACUUAAGAUCUGGAUAUCUUAUCCCUAAGGUAAUAUUGAGGAUAAAAGACGAAACGUUUAUGAGCGUCUAAUUUUAUCAUUAAUUGCUUUAAAUGAUAAUGAAUAAGGAAGUGCAAUUAAAAGUUUCACUUACUCUCGGAUGUAAUUAAAAUUUGAAAUGUAAAAUAAAGUUUAAAUUAUGUAAAUUAGUUAAUAAACUGCCUAUUGCGAACAUUAGUAACUGGUUUGUAGUAUAAUACAUUCCUUUACUAGUUAUGUGCAGAGCGCCGUGCGUAGCAGAAUAGGAGCAACCCAUUCAGUUGCAAAGUUUACACCAUUUUACGCCAGACGUAGUUAAUAAAACGAAAUCAUCACCAAGACUUUAGGUAUCUUCCCGCCUUCGAAGGAUUCACGCUAAGAUAACGCACAUCGCGGAACGGUGUUUGACCAAUUUUCUUCUCGUGGCAGUAAGUGUCCGAAAAGGCACGUCUUCCAGCACGGCUCAUCCAGGGACACGGAUGCUCAGCUGGCGUUGUCUAAUGUGUACUUUAAAUAUUAUAUUUAUUACCUCGCAUUGCAAUGAAAUUGUCGUCCUCGAUGGGGUAGUAAUAAUUUUAAUAACAGAUAAAAUAUAAUUUCACAAGCAUCCGACGAUUUGGGUUGGUGUCGGAACCGGUGGCGAUGGUGUUGACGGGCUGAUGGGUUGAAUCUUUCACGGUCUGGCAGGAAGAAGGCUGACGGACUGGCUCGUGAAAGCUAGGACCCGGUUUUGGGCCCAUACCGUGUCCCACUAACCAGGUGGCAGAUGUAGCAAUCCUAGGGAAUAUCAACAAACAAGGUAGCCGUAAAACUUUGGUCGAACCUUUCGCCAGGCACGGUACUCUCUUCCGUCAGGUGGUUUCGCCCGUCGGUGACCACGGUGAGCAUGGUAUGUUUGACUUUGGUGGUGGAGAAUUUAUGUUGCGAAGGGAUUAAAUUUUACGCUCCGUGAAUACUAAAGAAUAAUUAAUGACCGCACCGUUGACGAUAGGGAGAUUGGUUGGUCCGAUGCCGUUGCUGAUGCCAUCCGGGGGGCUUCCGGUGCUUUGCUUGCUGUCGUCAACAAUAAUGCACAACGCGUAAACUGGAUGGGUGGAAAAUUAGCAGUAACUGUGACCAUCCGUCUACAGUUCCACUGUACCACCAGGAGCCUUCCCCAAAGCUUCAUAAAACCAAGCUGAGGGGGAGAAGAAGAAAACAAAAAAACCAGCCGGAACGACCACCGGUAUGUAUUGUUGCACAUUUUGUCGUGUUCGUUUGCUGGUUCGUUCCCAGUAUCCAAACCGGACAAUCUUGCAUCGGUGGACAAAGAGGUAGACAACCAUCGGCCAACCCACGGGAACUCAAUUCAUUUGCAAACCCAUUCUCAUUCAUCGUUCCAUCGUUGGGUUGGCUGGAAGGCUGGUAGCUACGGUGAAAACAGUGGAGAAUAAUGUUGGGGCAAUGUUUUACUUCGGAAAGCUAAUCCUUCUAGCCCCGGCCCUACUGACACCGGCGUUAGCGUGUUAAUGCUGCACGUGGAUGGACACGCACACCCACCCACACACACACAUACAUAUACACUUUUCGCCUUCGACGGCAGGACAGCCAACAAAUGCUCUUUUAAUUCCGUGGCGGGAAUAAUCUGGCGGGAUAAAUCUCUACGCAGCAUUCGCGCGUGGCUGCCAUUUUGUCUCGGCGCUCGUUGGUGAAUUGAUUCUUUGGCGUGCAAAAAGCGACGUUCGGCAGCUCGGGGGCGCUGAGUGGUCCUGAAUUUACUACGUUGUAUUGGCAUAAAUUCCGAUUUAAAUUAUUUAUUGCCUCCCGUCCGCUUUCCCCGUCCCCCAUACUCUAUUUGGCCGGUUGUCUUUCGUGGCAAGGCACACAAGGGUGUCUAACAUUGUUUAGAAGCGUGGCAUCGAAUAGAAACCCAUUAGUUUGGCCGGCGUUUGUCAGCCCAAUUUAAUGCUGGUUUGGGGAACUUUCGCGGACACUCCCAUCCACUACCGAUGUCAAUGGUUGGUCUUUGAUUGCUGAGAGUUGGUCCCGUUGGUUGGUUGGCGUGUGUUUUUGGUUGGAGCUUGAGUAAUGAUGCCACACCAGCACCCCAUUCGGAUGCGGCCGUUCUUGUUCGGGGAUCGGGCCGGGUCUAAAGAAAUGUGAUACUGCGUCGUCGUCGUUGUCGUCAUCGUUGUGGUUGUUUUUGUUGUUGAUCCUAUUUACAAAAGCUACCGAACCGCGUCGGAGGGAAUGCCGAACGCGUGCAAAAUGGUUGAAGGAGGCGAAUUGCUAUUUAUUAGAGCAGCAGUACCAAGAAAAGCUCGACAAAACAAGCGCUGCGGAAACCGGACGUACGGUGCGUUUUGCUCGGUGCGUGGCGCCCGAGUCGAUAAUAUUUGUCUCGAGCAAUUUGGGCAAUUGAGCUAACCGCACGUCUCGUGCACAAGGAUCGAAUGGGUGGCGUGUUGACGCGUUGCUGGUGGCGGCUGGGAAGUGGAGACAUUGCAAACAAAGCCGCGUUAAAGAUUUAUGCAGUACUUUAUCAUCGUGGCAUGCUUAUUUCGUUCCGCUGGCUGAUUACGAGUGGUGAAAUCAUUUUUGUGCCGUAACAUUUUCGAAUCCACCCAGCAAGCUUCCUUUUUGUGGAAUGGGUGCACCCUCCGGGGUAAGGCGGACCGAUGGGUGACUUUUCAAAAGUGUGCAAGUGAUAGAGUUGUAAAAGCGAACUGAUGGUGCGGCGUUUUUGGCGUUCGCUUCCGCCACAAACUGCCCCAAAAGCCCCAAUAAAAUGGGGGACAGAAGGGAAGCGGCCCCUACGUUAUUAGAAACUGUAAAGCGCCUAUUUCCGGUCGGUCGCGUGGAAGGGGAGCACCAGUGUGUGUGUGGGAAGGAAGGAUAAAUCAUGGCGCCUUCGGUUACCGAUCGGUUGGGGGAUGAAGGGGGAAAGGGGAGAUGGGGUGGGUUUGGUGAGAGUAAUUGAAUUUCAAAUUUAUUGUAGCCUGCCGGCGGCAUUCCAUCAACCUGAUGAUGCCGGAUGGACUGUGCGAAUGCCAUAAAGUGCAUGUUUAGUACUUAAUGGCGUGAUUUUGGGUGCCUACCAUGAUGCCAUUGCCCCGGUAAUGGAUGAUGCGCCGUAUUCAAAUUUAAUUUGGCAUGUAAUACACGCACUUUUGUGGCGCAAACUAUAGACUGUUGUGCUGUUGUUUGUUUUUAUUGCAACCUGGAGGAUGGGGGGAGGUGGGUUUGUUGGGGGUGGAGGUGGUUUUUUUUUGUUUUGGUGAUAAUGGUGGUGAUUGUUUAAUUUUAUCCGCUGUGUGGUGCGCUAAGUGGGUGCUUCUGGUACGCAAUGCGUACGAUGCAAUAUUAUUAAUGCGCACAGUUCAAUCAAGUUGAAUGGUGAAAAUUGAUUUUAGUAGCUGCUCUCAUUACUAGUUGGUGGAAUGGAAAUUAAUUCGAUUAAUUUUCAAAGUAAUUACACAACAGAAUUAGAAUAUAUAGCACCAUUACCGCUAAAGGAGAUUAAAUCUUUAGUAACAUGGUUUCGAUGACCAUUUCGAAGUGUUUGUUACACUGCAAAUUGGUUUAUUAUUAGGUCCGCUUCCAAGUAACGGUCGUGGUUUACGGAAAAUUUACGUCAAUUGUAGUAAUAUGAAAUAAAGGUUCAUUUGGCUUUUUGUCAUUUGUUUUGUAUUGUAUUGUGUAUUGUCAUUCGCAUGAUUUGUUGCUGUUUAUCUGUCAAAUUCCAUGAAAGAAUACACAAUAGUUGGACUUAUCUUUUGACGCAUUCCAUAAAUUUAGUAAUUUUUCAAUGUCUUCAUAUUAUGUUCGCUGUUGGUCAUCCAGACUAUGUGCCAUCGAUCGAAACAGGUGAUAUUCUUAUAGUUAUGUUUUUGGAGAAUAAAGCGGACAGGGUAGAAUCGUCGAUUUAACCAUUUCAAAAUAGAUUAAACUAGUUUGACAUCAAAAGAGCGAGGGUCAUUUUGUCAAGCUAAAUCAAUCUCAUUUAUUUGUGUCGGUACCGUUCUCUAUAGUUUCGUGCAAUUUCAAUAACUCAUAGUAGUUUAUGCUGAUUUGGUCCUAUCAAUUUAUCGUCUUCGAACUUUGUUGACUUUUCUUUACAAAGAUUAACGGCAAUGUCAAAAUCGUCGUUUUGAAGGAGAUAUUGGAUUAGGUUUGGGUUGCUUUUAAAUCACACAAUAUAAUUGUUUUGCAAAUGAUCAAUGACAAUCAGUUUAAUUACUAUAUGCUUCAAGUGGAUUUGUGAUAUGAUGGAAUAUAUACAAAUCGAACGCCAUUGUCCGAUGACCCAAAAAUAAAACGAUUGUUCAUUAAUUGAGGACUUAAUCAUAUUUUUGCACUGUUAAUUUAUGUAUUAAUUCAAUAAAAAAAACGAACAAAAUUGUAUAUGUUAACGAAACCCUUUUUUUCAUUUUGCACAGCAAAGUAAAUUUUUUGAAACGUUUCAUCUUCCCAACAUCCAAGUGAAGAAAUCCGCACGAUAAUCCGAACAAAUGAAGGAAUUCCUCCCAAAAAGAGUUUAGCUGCCGCUGCGAGGCAUUACGUUUCUGCCUGUCGCGUCCAGUUAACUGCCAACUACUCGUGUUCGGAUAAACUAAUCCUGCUGCAUAUCAGGUAUGUUGUAGGAAACUUUUAAUGGAGCUGGUUGCUUGUGAUGAAGAAAACCCGCGUGCGUUUCCGGGAGAUAAAUUUGCGCCGAAAAAAAAGAGGGACGAAAGCAACGUUAAGCACGGAUCCAGGAUGAAUCCAGAAACGAUGCAGGUGGGAUAUGUGAGACAGCUUUGAAGAAGAUGGAUUAAUUGAAAAGUUUGCCGUAAUUUCGUACGUUCGUACCUGAGUUCCAGCCGAGGUGGUUGUCGCUCGAAGCAGGCGGUGUAGUUGUCCCAUUCGCUGUUCAGCUUCAUCUUCUUCAAACUUGUUCAUCCCGUCGUGAGGAAGCUUAACUCGUGUCUAAAAAUGAUCGGUGCAUCCAUGUGUUAUCAGAUUUGUGCUGGAAGUUGACGUAAAUCUGUUUCGUGUGUGUUAAAUCCGUUCGCAAACGUUGAGUAGUUGACGAAAGAUUUAUUUUGUUGCUUAUGGCUAAGGCAUUUGCCGUUCCUUUCCGAUGGUUUGUGUGUGUGUGUGUCUUUGAAGGAAUUUGUGUAAUAAGAGAAGCAUUUUAUAGUAACUAUUAAACGACAUUGUAAUGAGUGUGUAAUUGUAUUAGGAGCCGUAGAUAACUGCAUGGAAGGAUAAUAUUUUACUCAGUAUUGUUUGUUAUAUUUGCACGAGAUGAGGGUUUCACUGAUUAUUCUAAUUUCUAAUGAUAGUUUUAAUUUAUCUGGAUGGCCGAAAGAAAUUAAAUCCAACUUCAAUCUCUCAGUCAAUCGGCUUUGUUUGUACUUCUGUUUAAAAUAAUUUGGGCUAACCGAUCUAAAUUGGGCUGAUGUAAAAAUGUUUUGUUUUUGCGUUUUUUGAUAACAAAAGAGAAUGAGGUAUGUACAAUAAUUAUAGAUUUUUGUGAAAAAUAACUGCUGUUUUCAAGGUGUAAUGAUUUUUGUUAUUGGUACUGAACGGCUACACACUUAGUAUUUUUUUUUGCGAAAAAAGUUAGACUACAAAUCUCUUGAGCAUAAUUUAGAUCAUGAAAAAAUCACACUAAUGAUUAUGUUUAUCCCUAAUGAUUGA